AUGGUGGCGGACGAGUCUCGUAUCCCUAAGAUUCCAGUAGUAACGCAAGAGGCGGCUGUCAAGAAGUUGCUCAGUGUCUACCCAACUCCAGCUGAUGUUCCUGAAGAAGAAUGGGCUAAAGUGUUGACGCCUGAAGAGUUCUUCGUUUGUCGACAAGCUGGUACUGAACCUUCUUUCAGUGGUGUACUUACCAAACAUUUUGCUCCCGGAAAGUAUUCUUGCAGAUGUUGUGGAGCUGAUCUCUUCGUGUAAGUUGCCUUUCUUUAUUUUAUUUUUGAACUAAAAUUCAAAAAAACGUUAUGACUUUUUGUUAUGACAUAAUAUAUUAUACUUCAUCAAACAAUAUUUCAAGACAAAAAACGAUUCCAUGUUUUAGAUCUGACUCAAAGUACUGGUCGGGUUGUGGAUGGCCGGCGUUCAGUGAAUCCGUAGGAGAAGACAAGAACAUCAUCAGGAUCCCAGAUACUCGAUUCAACCUCAAUAGGACCGAAGUAAAGUGCAAAAAAUGUAACGCUCACUUGGGACAUGUAUUCGACGAUCCAGCACCAGAAACCGGAGAACGGUACUGCAUCAACAGCGUUUCCAUCAACUUUGAAGAGGCGGAGAAGGCGAACUGA